AUGAACUAAACAAUUGAUUGUUUUGGGUAGAAUAUAUUUUUUCGAUAAAUAGAGCAGAUAAUAUAAUAAUUCAAGAAAGACCACUAACAAUAAGCUACAUUGAUGAAGACAGUCCUUAAAAAUUCAUUAAUAUUUCAUAAUUACUUGCAUCCAAAAAUAAAAAAAAGACUUAAAAACAAUCUGAAAGAUCCUAAUAUUAAGUUACUUUAAGAGACUAUUAUUAUUAAACUUAUGUUCCAGCUCGAUCUCCACCUAAUUUGUAAAUAUAAUUCUAAAAUUACUAAUAAAAUACUUCAAGGUCAACGAAUUCAAGAAUAAAUAAUUUUCGUAGAUAAAAGGAAAUUAAAUGUAAGACUCUUCCUUUAAAUGAAAUUAACAUUGAUGAAAUUUAAAAAAGAAUAGAAUUAAAAAAAUUGAUGCUUGAAAAAAUGUAUCUCUAUAAAGAUAAUUAUAAAACAUAAUUAUGUAACACAGAGAAAUAAGUAGAAUGUGGUUAAACUUAAAAAUAAAAAACUGAUUUACUUAUUCAAUCUAAUAAAAUAUCUCAAAAAAAAUAAGAAAUCCAAAAUCCUAAACUUACUUAAUCAAGAAUAGGAUUUUCGUGUUAAAAUAAUAGAAAAAUAAAUAUUUUUUAAGUGUUACCUUUAACUUUGGGAUUAAGCAUUGGAAAAUGUAAAAUAAAAGAAAGAGUUAAUCAAUCACCGCUCUAAAAUAAGAAAUCUGAAAAGAAAAGUUUAAAAAAAAGUAAAAUCAUAGAUAGAUGUUAAAAGAUAAUGAUUUAAAAACCACGAAUUUAAUAAGAAAGUUUAAAGAAAAAAUGUUCAAUACCUAUUGCAAAAUGGGAUCAUUCUGAUUUAGAAUUUGAUUGA